GGAGAACGAGGAAGAGAUGGGGGAAGAGGGAGAGGAGAACGAGAUGGGGGAAGAGGGAGAGGAGAAUGGCACCAACCUGAACGGGAACCAGGCAGACGCAUAACUAUCACUGACGACAUCAGGGCCACUGUGGUGGACCAUGUCAUCAACCAUGGCCUGACUAUGAGGGAGGCCGGGCAGAGGGUCCGGCCCAACCUCAGCCGCUUCACGGUAGCCAGCAUCAUUCGGACAUACCGACAAGAAAACAGAACUGCCAGGCGACCUGCCGUGGGAGGAAGGCAACGAGUGUUCACCCAUGCCCAGGAACUGGCCGUUGUCAACCUUGUGGUGGCAAACAACGCCAUCACCCUGCGCCAAUUGCGUGAGCGCAUCCUCGAAGACCAGGCAAUUUUCCACAAUGUGCACAGUGUCAGUACGACGACACUCGCCCGGGUCCUGCGGGAACACCACGUCAGCAUGAAACAACUUUACAAGGUUCCAUUUGAGAGGAACAGUGUUGCAGUCAAGAACCUUCGCUAUGACUAUGUGCAGACUGUCCUGGCCUUCGAUGCGGCAGCGCAGCAACAUGAGUACAUCUACAUAGAUGAAGCUGGGUUCAAUCUGGCAAAAACCAGACGUCGGGGCCGGAACAUCAUCGGCCAAAGGGCCAUCGUGAACAUCCCCGGGCAGCGCGGGGGCAACAUCACCAUGUGUGCCGCCAUUAGUGGUCAAGGGCUCCUCCAUCACCAUGCCACCCUAGGACCCUACAACACUGCACACCUACUGGCAUUUCUCGAUGCACUACAUGCUGUGGACACACAGGACAGACCAGGGCAGCCCAUGUUUGUUGUCAUCUGGGAUAAUGUCAGUUUCCACCGGGCUGCUCUGGUCCGGGACUGGUUUGCCAACCACGACCAUUUCAUGGUGUUGCACCUGCCCCCUUAUUCCCCGUUCCUAAAUCCGAUCAAGGAAUUCUUUUCGGCAUGGCGGUGGAAGGUCUAUGACCGCCUACCACAUGUACGCGUGCCGCUCCUGCGAGCGAUGGAGGAGGCAUGUGGGGACAUCGAGGUGGGGUCGAUCCAUGGGUGGAUACGCCACACACGGAGAUAUUUUCCCCGUUGCCUGGCAAGGGAAGACAUUGCCUGUGAUGUGGACGAGGUGCUGUGGCCCGACCCCAAUCGACGACGAGAUCCUUGACAUGGACCUGCAAUAGAAACACCUACACCAGAUGUUCAAUACUUAUAGUAGUUCUGCACCUGUACACUGAGUUUUGGUUGUGGAAAUAAACACGGUUUACAGACUACAAAUGUAGGCAGUGUCUUGAGUACAGUUGACCUGUGUGUUGUGUUUGCUUUGACUGUUUAUAUUGCAUGUGCAUGUGUGUUUCCUAUCGAUACGAAGAGGGCCUUUUCAAGUUAGAGUGUUACGUUUUGAUUGCAGAAUGUUAUUUUGCAUUGGCAGUUAGAUGUUGAUCUCCAAGUGCUGUGUCAAGAAAUCUUGUGUGUUGAGUUUUGACACAAUGAGCCAAAUUUUUAAUUUUGUGUGUAAGCAAUUGAAAAAAACUGUAAUAUACUAAAAAGGCCAGGUCUGUUAUCUAUGGGGAAAAAACACCAGUUUAGUGUUUUUUGACCAUGUUACAGUUUUUUUGGAUUGCUUAAGCACGAUUUUCAAAACAGGGCCCGUGUUUUCAAAACACUACACACAAUAAGCACAACCACACACCUAGUUAGCAAAACACUACAGAUUCUUUGCAUAAGUAAACACUCUUAUAAAAACUAUACACUUCUGUUUAAAAACCACACUUUGUUACCAUAUGAAACACACACGUUUCACAUUACUAUACUCUGUUUGCACGAGUUACACUCUGCUGUGAUAAACCUAAAACACUUUGAGCACUUCUACUUCCCUAUGAUUAGAGUAGGCUACCAUCA